AUGGCUACAAGAUUGCAAGGAAACCGUCUAAUAGUUUUGGUGGAUUGCACCAGAGCAUACAUACGUAGCAGGAUACGUGCAGUGUUGGAACAGUCAUCGAGCCGGCUGUCCUGGCAGAGCACCAUGGCAUCCAAGCUUGCUGGAAAAGUAGCAAUUGUCACAGCAUCAACAGCAGGGAUUGGCCUUUCGAUCGCGCGUCGGCUGGGCCGCGAUGGCGCGCGCGUGGUCGUCAGCAGCCGCAACCAGCAGAACGUGGAUGCCACAGUCAGCGCGCUCAGCGAGGAGGGCCUGGAAGUGUCCGGCGUCAAGUGUCACGUGGGCAACCCGUCAGAGAGGCAGGCACUUGUGGAGCGGGCGCUGGAGAAGUAUGGUGGUAUCGAUAUCCUUGUGUCCAACGCGGCCACCAACCCAGUGUUUGGCGGUCUCCUUGACUGCCCGGAGGCCGGCUGGAACAAGAUCUUCGACGUGAAUGUCAAGUCAGCGUACCUGCUGACAAAGCUGGUGGUGCCGUACAUGGAGCAGCGCGGUGGCGGCUCCAUCGUCUUCAUCGCCUCCGUGCUCGGCCAGAUCCCGAACUCGAUGCUGGCCGCCUACUCGGUCAGCAAGAUGGCUCUGCUCGGCGUAAGCCAGGUCUACUCUAAGGAGUGUGCGCCCAAGAACAUACGGGUCAACGCGGUGGCACCAGGCUUCAUCAACACCAAUUUCAGCUCUGUCUUGGUGAACACGGAGUCGAUUCGGACCGGGAUCGAGAACAGCAUCUACAUGCGCAGGAUUGGGGAGCCGGACGAGGUUGCCGGCAUCACGUCCUUCCUCUGCUCCGACGACGCCUCGUACAUCACCGGCGCGGUGAUGAACGUGAACGGCGGCCUAGGCGACACCAUGGGCAGCAGCUCGCUGUAGUGUCCAGUGCGGGCUGCGAGCCCCAACAGAAGCGGUGGUGACCGUCAGCCGUCGGCAGGGCGCGCUCGCGACGGCGCUCGGCGGACGCGCGCCCCGCUCGGCGCAGGGUGGCCUUAGCAGAGCGUGUAGUGGGAUCGUACUGCCUGCGCACUAGUAUGGACUAUUCACGGGUGGGGCAGGAGAGUGUGUGUAUCGAGUUAAACUGUCUGCAACAUGCUAUUGAUCGGUAUUAACCAGAGCGCACGGCUAGAUGUCGGUACGCCGGCUUGUGUGUCAUGAAAGGGGGUGUUCAACUUAGCUAUUGAUCGGUUUGUAGGGAUUGUCGUUGGGUGAUUGUUGGUGUCUGUGCAACUGUUGCGUAUUCAUGCGUCAUAGGCGUCCUCGUUGUUGACCAGCAUUAAUAUGCUUCAUGUGUGGCUUCAUCUCAGGAAAAGCCUUCCGUAGAGCGAAUUUUCUGCCGCUGAGGAGGUUUUAUACUGUGCAAUAUGCAAGCGUCGAGUCCAUUUCGGGCGCAGGCCUGCUUGAUGAACUUAGGAUGCGUCGUAUAUCUAAACAUUAGAACGGUGACAACAUGAAAGCGUGACACUUCUACCAUGAUUUUGGUUUUCAUUUUCGUCAUUGUAUUUCGUGGAGCCUUCACCAACGUAAAAGCAAUUGGUGUUGUAGCAAUUUUGAUAUUCCUCUCCCUCUGUUGUAUCCAAUACACGUUUGAUACCAUGCCACUGUGCGUGGUGGUA